AUGAUCUCAAUCAAGCAUAUACAACAGGUCAAUUAUUAUAUGAUGACAGCACUAAUCUUCGUUAUCUUGAUUAUGCUGUUAUUGAACAACAAAUGUCAAUGACUGGUGCAAGUAUGUUUUGGCUUGAUGCUCUUCAUGAUUGUAAACUCGAUCACCCCUUGUCAUUACCAUUUGAUCGAUAUCGUCUCUCAAAUGAACAUCGAACUGGUCGUGGAACAACUGUUUCUUUUGAUUUUGGUCAAGAUCUCUCACAUGAUUUUCUCAUUUAUGCAUCAUCGAAUAGCAUAUCACUUGAACAACUUGCACUUACUACCUAUUAUGUGUUUUUAUUCAAAUUAACAAAUGGAGAAAAAGAUUUAUGCAUUGGAAUAAAUACACAUGGACGAUACAGAGAUGAACUCAGCUCUAUCAUUGGAAUGUUUGUGAAUGCUAUACCCUUGCGGUGUCGACUCGAUCCUCAUUUAUCAUUUCAACAAGUCACUAAGCAUGUCCCAGAUAUUAUGAUAAACUGUGUUAAAUAUUCAUAUUUUCCUCUUCAACAUAUUCUCAAUCAACAUCCAAAUAUAUCAAAUCCUGUAUUUCUUGAUACAUCGUUUGAAUUUUUAUCAGCUAUGACAAAAGAUGAGAAAAAUGAAAUGAUGCUUGGUGAUAGCCGAUUUUCUUUACUACCUUAUUCAAUUAAGAUUAGUGACUAUGAAGUAAUGAGUAAAUUUGAUUUUAUUCUUAGUUUUCAACAUGAUCUGCAUCGAAAUGAAUUUUCAUGCACUAUCGAUGCUUCACUUGAUUUAUUCAAUGCUGAAACAAUUUGUAUAAUUGCACAAAGAUUACAGACAAUGUUAUAUCAACAAUUCACAUCUUUUGAUAGUCAAAUGAACAAAUCUAUCUAUGAAAUAUCAUUAACAUUAUCAAAUGAACAAUAUCUAAUGCAAUCAUUGAAUAAUACACAAAUAUCAUUUUCAUCUCCUCUCACCUGUAUUCAUCAUGAGUUUGUAUAUCAAGUAAUGAAACAUCCACAAAAACUGGCUGUUGAACUAGAUGAACAAUCAUUGACAUAUUGUGAACUCCUGUAUUAUGUUCAAGUGUU